AUGGCUCGCCGAUUGACAUCCGCUGAGCUCGCAGGCGUGGCGACUCCCACGACCACCACCACCGCUAAAGUCCUGCGCAUGCUCUUCGAGGGACCAGGAAAGCCUUUUGUCGCGCAAGAGACGGCCAACAAGGAAAUCACGCUGGGCGCGGGCGAGAUUCUCGUGCGACUGACCAUGGCCACUGUUUGUGGCUCCGACCUGCACACUGCCAGUGGUCGCCGCGCCGCGUAUCUGCCCUCCGUUCUGGGCCAUGAAGGUGUUGGCGUCAUUGAAGCUGUGGGCGCCGAUACCACCGUUUUCACUGCCGAUGCGGCCGAGCUCAAUCUGGCAACUUGCGCAUCCGCAUCAGCCGCCAGCGAACAGCAACAGCAACAGGCGCCAAACGCGAUGGGCAACUUGGUCUCGCUUCAAGCCAAGACAUCCGUGCUCGCCAAUCUGGUGGGCCGCCGCGUCACUUGGACACUCACCAACACUUGUGGGCAUUGCUUGCCGUGCACCGAGUGGCACAUUCCCCAAAAGUGCACCAGUCUCUUCAAGUACGGCCAUGCGCCCCUGGAAGACGCCUGCGGUCUCAACGGUUGCUUUGCUAGCCACAUUCUCCUCCGCCAAGGCACUGCGGUCAUCCUGCUGCCGGAAGACCUGAGCGACAACGUUGCCGUCCCGGCCAACUGCGCCCUGUCCACCAUGGUUGCCGUCGUCGAGAAGGUGCCCGUCGAUGCCAAGACGGUCCUCAUUCAGGGUGCCGGACUGCUCGGUGUGUACGGAGCCGCAUUGCUCAAGGACAGGGGCGUUGCCACCGUCUACGUUUCGGACAACAUUGACAGCCGUCUCGAGCUCGCCGCCGAGUUUGGUGCCGUGCCCGUCAAGGGAGCAGAAGUCGCUGCGCUCAAGCCCCAGUCUGUCGACGCCGUCAUUGAGGUCGCAGGCGUUGCCAGCAUCAUUCCUGAAGGAAUUCGCCUGCUGCGUCCUGCCGGCACCUAUGUCUUUGCCGGCAUGGUGCACCCCGAGACCAAGCUGGGCAUCACCGGUCUGGAUGUGAUCAAGAACUGCCUGACCAUCUGCGGCGUGCACAACUAUGCCUCGCAUCACCUCGUUGACGGGAUUGAGUUUUUGCGCAAAACUGCCAACCGUCACCCAUGGUCGAAGCUCGUUUCACCUCCAGUCCCGCUCACACAACUGGACCAAGCCUUUGAGCUUUCCAACCAACGCCAAUGGCACCGUGUUGCCGUUCAGCUCGACCAGCACUUUUGA